AUGGCAAUGGUGCCCCAGUUCCUGCUGGUGUUCCCCUUAUGGCUCUUCUCCCUCCAAACAGUGGCUGGUUGCCUUCAAUGUGACCGACGCUUCUUGGACUCUGUGGCAACCCUGCUGACGGAGACGUUGCCAGCAGACCUGCCUGACCGUGACACCCUAAUAGAACGGCACAUCCAGGCCUUGGCUGAUCUGCACGGCACCUUCCUUCAAAAGACAUAUGAGCGAGUGUUGGAUGUCCGAGGGGUGAUGUCUAUCAAGUCCCACGUUAUUAGUCAGUUACGUGGUAUCAAGAGUAACAACACAUGGAAAGGGGUCUUCAUGUGGCAACUCUCCAUGUAUCAGCUCAGGGUGUCCCUGCGAAGCCACAUGCAACAGACACUGGAGAAAUUCGCCGACCUCGGUACCAAUCCUGAAGGGAAAGCGGUGAUUGAGGGCCCUGUCCUGGACUGCUGGACCUGCCUACGUAUCGUCACCCAAUGCUUCGAUGGAGAGGUCUGCGGAGUGGAAGAUAGACGAUUUGCAGAAUACAAUGAAGUUGUUCUUUAUAUCUUCUUUGUUUGCGAGUCAGUAUUGAUGACCUCAGCUGCUCUUGUGUACUGGGUGUUCUUCAAGCACAAGAAAGAAAUGUUGCAAAAAGCGCUGGCCCGUUAG